UUAAAAGGUUGAGAAGGCCUGAUCUUGAGUAUGGCGAAUGAGUAAUUGUGUGCAACUUAUACUGAACCAAAGGUUGUUAUUGGUUUUUACAGCAGUUGGGAUUGUUUUGUAUCAGCCCCAGAACAUCAUCUUUGUACCUGCCGGUGGUUCUGUGGAUAUCUCCUGCAUCUCUAACACUACAAGUGUAUUAAAUGACUUAUCAAAAAUUUUCUGGUAUCGGAAAACGUGGAAAGAUGGAGAUAUGCUGACAAGAGUUGCAUCAUGUGUGACUAUGGGCCCACAAACCAAUCCCUGUAGACAGGACACAAGUGGCUUCACUAUAACAUUAUACAACAUUCAGGCUGAGGAUUCUGGAAUGUAUUACUGUUCACAUCUUCAUUUACGCUCCUUGUUCUUUGCUAAUGGAACAACGUUAAUAAUCACUGGAGACAAUUCGGAUGGCAUCAAUAUUGGUUAUCUCAUGAUUACUUCACAGCAACCUACUCCUAACAGUACUAUCCAGCUGGCCUGUGUAGUGAGAGCUCUUCAUACAGGCCAUGUGACCUGGAACAUCUCUGGAACACGUCACAUGGGCAGAAGAACCUCUGUGAAGCUCUCGAAUGGUACAUGGAAUAUCUUGAACCUUCUCUCCCUUUCCAGAGACACCUGGGACUAUGGAGACACUGUGACCUGUGAAGUCUGGUUCAGCUCUUCUAUUGUCCAGAUCCAUUGGACAAUACCACAUAAAGUUGAGAAUGAGGAGAAUUGA